AUGGUUGGCAGGCUCAGGGCCAGGAAGGUUGACAGACUGAAGGUUCUGAUUGUUGGUGGGUUGAAGGCCAGGAGGGUUGACAGCCUCAGGGCCAAGAUUGUCGAGGGGUUGAGGGCCAGGAUUGAUGACAGGUUCAGGGCCGGGAUGAUUGACAGUCUGGAGGCCAGUGGGCUGGUGUCCCGGGGCAGUCGAUGGCCGCAGCUGGAAUGUAGCAGACCACCAAGAUACCUUAAUCACUGGGACCGACAGUUCCGUGAUAUGUUCACAACAACAGAGUCCAAGUACUCUGUUAUGCCAACUGACCCUGCUAGCUUCCUGCAAUGGUUGGUUGGAACUAAUCCAAUCUUGGCUCGGCUACUUGAUUUGGCGGAACAGAUUGUUAUGAAAAAGUCGGAAAAGAUCUUGGUUUAUGCUGAUACUCCAUGGCUUCAAUCGUGUGGUGUGCUAUGA